AUGACAACAGGAAUAACAGAAAUAGACGAACCAGUUUUCGUUAGUGAUGAUAAUGAAAAUACAAAUGUUGGACGACGCCUACUUCCACCCGGUAAUUUAGAAGGCAAAGGUAGUAGUAGUCGCCUUCUAAUACCACAGAACUACUGGUGGAUACUAAAUCCAAGAGAACCAAUAACCACCUACCUGGAACUAUUCUCCUGGAAAUUCUACGCGUUCGGGUCUGAGGUCUAUGCGAUAAUCUCUUUAUCCUUCAUGGGUCUAAUUCUCGAACGUCUGGCCUCCCAACAAGGCGUAGUAACCUCCGACUACAUCACCCCAUGCACAAACUCCUCGGCACUUGUAGCAUCCGAGGAAAUCAGAUGUGUGGUGAAAAUUUUCGGGAAACAUGUAGACACAGCCGCGUUUAGCAUGUACACUUUUUCAUCGAGCGUUUUUUUGCAGGCUAUUACGGCAAUUUCGAUUGGGGCGGCUGCUGAUCAUGGAACAAUGCGAAAAUUUUUGUUGCUGCUAUUUUCGUAUGUUGGGGCGGUGUCGACAAUGCUGUUUUUGGCGCCCAGUUUGUUCCUUGCUUUUGUGGCUAUUUUGUCGAAUGUUUGUUUUGGGGCAUCGUUUGUGUGCUUGAAUGGUUUUUUACCGGUUUUGGUAAGAAAUCAUCCGGAUAUACGCAAAAUCGUCAAUGAUAUUAAUUAUUAUCUUGGUGAUAAAACUCGAAGUAAUACUGCGGUAAACGACAAUGAUGACUUAACAACAGAAACUACUGCAGCAGGAAAUAAUCUAUAUAUAAAUGAGAAUAUUGAACAAGUGUCAUUAUUGAAUGAUGCUAAUGAAGAUGAAGAAUCGAGAACAACAAGAGUCUCACCAUCGUCAUCAUUAGCAAAAGACGAGAAAUUAACAAACCUCUUCGAAGAGCUAACAACAACUAAAGAACAAUUAAGUUCUCGUAUUUCCCUACAAGGUUUCUCAUGGGGAUAUCUUGGCGGGAUUAUUCUGUUAAGCGUGUGUUUUCUAAUUUCAAUGUCACUCGACGGAUCCGUAUAUAGUCUUCAGAUCGGUGUGUUUCUCUCGGGUUUAUGGUGGUGUCUGGUCACUUUGAUAGUGUCAAGAUGGCUGCCAAAUCGCCCUGGACCGCCGUUGAAAAAUGUUUCUGGUGAGAGGUUGAGGUGGACCAAUUAUGUCACGUAUUCGUGGAGUCAUUUGUGGUUGACUGUUAAAGAAGCGAAAAAUUUGACAAUGACUUUUCGAUUUUUGGUUGCGUGGUUUUUGUUGUCUGAUGGAUAUACUACAAUUUCAUCAGUAUCAUUGUUGUUCGCACAGACAACUUUACAACUACCAUCUACAAGUUUAAUCUUCAUGGCACUAAUAACCCCAAUUUCCGCGCUAUUCGGCACAAUCAUCUGGCCAAAACUGCAAAUCGGCUGGUUGAACCGAACACCAAAACAAACGAUCAUCACCCUUCUCUUUUUAUUUUCAAUUAUCCCGUUGUACGGCUGUCUCGGAUUCGUACUACCCAUUGGCGGACUAAAAUCCGCGUCGGAAAUGUACUUUCUGGCAGUGCUUUUUGGUUUUUUGGUGGGUAACAUACAAGGAUAUUGUCGGACACUGUUUUCAGAGUUGAUUCCGCGUGGGAGAGAAACAGAGUUUUUUGCGUUGUAUGCUGUUACUGAUAAGGGAUCUAGUUGGUUAGGGCCGAUGUUGGUGGCGAUCAUAACCGGUGAGUUUUCCGACUUAUUGCAGUCCUUGUAUUGA